CGCGGGCGCGUGUGGUUCAGACCCAGCUAAUGGAUGUCAGAGAUGUCAGAUGUGUUUGUACUGUUCGACUUCGUCAUGGCGCCGUUGCAGCGCGGAUGAGUACAGGGUUUUUCCUUUUUAAACUCUCCCAUAUCAAACUCCUCUAAUUCCUGUAUGCUCCGUUUUUACCCUCGAACCUGAGUCCAUUUCGUCUGGAACGGAACCGGCCAUGACCGUGGAGCAGAAUGUCCUGCAGCAGCACUCUCAGAAGCACCAGCAGACAUUACUGAACCAGCUGAGGGAAGUUACUGGAACUACAGAUGUUCAGCUGUUACAGCAGGCACUGCAGGUCAGUAAUGGUGACCUAGCUGAGGCGGUGGCCUUUCUCACCGAGAAGAAUGCCAAGGUCCCGCAGCAAGAUGAAGCCACCUAUUACCAGACGGCCCAAAUCACCAAUGAUAGAUACAUCAGUGUGGGCAGCCAGGCUGACACAAAUGUAAUAGAUCUCACUGGAGAUGAUAAAGAUGACCUUCAGCGGGCCAUCGCUCUCAGUCUGGAGGAGUCGAGCAGGGCUUUCAGGGAGACGGGCAUCACUGAUGAAGAGCAGGCUAUCAGCAGAGUCCUGGAGGCCAGCAUCGCCGAGAACAAGGCGAGCCUGAAGCGCACGCACACAGAAGUAUGGAGCGAUUCACCCAACCCUCACGACAGGAAGCGGCAGGAGAACUGUCCCGUAGGGCUGAAGAACGUGGGGAACACGUGUUGGUUCAGUGCAGUUAUACAGUCUCUUUUUAACCUGCUGGAGUUCCAGAGGCUGGUGUUGCAUUAUUCCCCCCCUGCACGGAUGCAGGACUUGCCCCGCAAUCAGAAGGAGCACAGGAACCUGCCUUUUAUGCAGGAGCUGAGGUGCCUUUUCUCUUUGUUGGUGGGUUCCAAGAGAAAGUAUGUGGACCCGUCCAGGGCCGUGGAGAUCCUCAAGGAUGCCUUUAAGUCCAGUGAAUCUCAGCAGCAGGAUGUGAGUGAGUUCACCCAUAAACUCUUGGACUGGCUUGAAGACGCGUUUCAGAUAAAGGCAGAGGAGGACAGAGAGGGAGAGAAGCCGAAGAACCCGAUGGUUGACCUGUUUUAUGGACGUUUCCUGGCUGUGGGCGUCCUGGAAGGAAAGAAAUUUGAGAACACUGAGAUGUUUGGGCAGUACCCUCUCCAGGUGAACGGCUUCAAAGAUCUGCACGAGUGUUUAGAGGCAGCCAUGAUAGAAGGAGAGAUUGAGUCUUUGCAUUCUGCCGAGAACUCCGCCAAAUCAGGGCAAGAGCACUGGUUCACAGAACUCCCACCGGUUUUGACCUUUGAACUGUCAAGGUUUGAGUUUAAUCAAACCUUAGGCCGACCUGAGAAGAUUCACAACAAGCUAGAGUUUCCCUCCAUGCUGUACAUGGACAGGUACAUGGACAGGAACAGAGACAUCACGCGGAUAAAACGAGAGGAGAUCAGAAGACUAAAGGAGCACCUGACUGUUCUCCAGCAGCGACUGGAGAGGUAUCUGAGCUAUGGCUCAGGGCCCAAGCGGUUUCCUCUGGCCGAUGUUCUCCAGUACGCCAUGGAGUUUGCGUCCAGCAAGCCUGUGUGUACAUCGCCUGUGGAGGACAUUGAUACAACAGCACCACCUGGUGGCACGACUGCACUGCUGCCACCUCUAGCAAGCACAGGGGAGCAGCCGGAUGCAUCUGUCCCACCUGAGGGCUCCAGCUCUGGUCCACAGGCCCAGCAGCAACAACAACAGCAACAACAGCAAAGAGUUUCGAUCCAUAAACCGUUCACUCAGUCUCGUGUGCCGCCAGAUCUACCCAUGCACCCUGCCCCACGACACAUCACAGAGGAGGAGCUGCGGGUGCUGGAGGGCUGUCUGCACCGCUGGAGGAGUGAAGUGGAGAACGACACCAGGGAUCUGCAGGCCAGUAUAUCUAGAAUCCACAGAACCAUCGAGCUUAUGUAUUCUGACAAGUCCAUGAUGCAGGUGCCAUACCGGCUGCAUGCUGUUUUGGUCCACGAGGGUCAGGCUAACGCAGGUCACUACUGGGCGUACAUCUUCGACCCACAUCAACAACGAUGGAUGAAAUACAAUGACAUUUCGGUGACAAAGUCUUCCUGGGAGGAGCUGGUGCGAGACUCGUUCGGAGGAUAUCGCAAUGCCAGCGCGUACUGCCUCAUGUACAUCGAUGACAAAAAACCCUUCCUUAUUGAAGAGGAGUUUGAUAAAGAGACAGGGCAGAUGCUCAGCGGCUUGGACAAGCUCCCUCCUGAUCUGAAGGAGUAUGUAGAGGCAGAUAACAAGCUCUUUGAGAGGGAGAUGGAGGAGUGGGAUGCUCUACAAGCACGCAAACUCCAGCAGGAGAAACUGGCUUUGGCCGCCGCCAGCGUGGCCCCCCAGCCCAUGAGCACUGAACCCUGCCCUCCAGACAACACAGCAGCCUCUCAGCAUGACCCAGAGUACAUGGAGCAGCAGUCUCCCACGGGAGACUCCAAACACAUGCAGGAGGACACGGAGAGAGCCAUCAGCAAAGCCGCAGCUGAGCAUGAUGAGAAGAGUCCAGAAGCCCUGCUCAACACAUCUCAGUCAUCACAUCCUGACAGCGAGGUGACCUCUGACCCCUGUCCUCCCCUUGACCCUGAGCAGGACGGCUCUGCCUCCUCUCCGCCCGCACCUCAGCGGGUGGUGGAGGUGGCCAUUCCUAAUGUAGGAACCUUCGUCAUUCAGUCGAAGGAGGGAGGUUAUGAUGAUGAGGCAAUGAUGACCCCAAACAUGCAGGGUGUCAUAAUGGCCAUUGGCAAAUCCAGGAGUGUUUAUGACAAGUGUGGGCCUGAAGCAGCGUUCUUCAAGGCAAUGAAAGUAGAGUACACUCGUUUACUGAGGUUCGCUCAGGAGGACACGCCCCCUGAGAGGGACUACCGACUGCAGCACAUCAUUGUUUACUUCAUUCACAACCAGGCACCCAAAAAGAUUGUGGAGAGAACUCUGCUCAUGCAGUUCGCCGACAGAAACCUUGGCUUUGAUGAGAGGUGUAAGAGCAUCAUGAAGGUGGCACGUGCUAAACUGGAGCUUAUUAAGCCUGACGAGGUGAACAUGGAGGAAUACGAGAUUUGGCAUCAGGAUUACAGGAAAUUCCGUGACACGACAGUUUUCCUGUUGAUCGGCCUGGAAUUAUUCUUAAAGAAAAGUUAUGUGGAAUCAUUGAUGUACCUGAUCUACGCCUAUCAGUACAACAAAGAGCUCCUGCUAAAAGGACCGUACAGGGGCCACGAUGAGGAGCUGAUCGCACAUUACCGCAGAGAGUGCCUGCUAAAGUUGAACGAACACGCGGCUGCCCUCUUUGAGACCGGAGAGGAGACUGAAGUGAACGCUGGUCUGAGCAUCAUGAACGAGCUGGUGGUGGUGUGUAUUCCACUGCUGCUGGUGGAUGAGAUGGAGGAGAAAGACAUGGUGGCUGUCGAAGACAUGAGGAACCGCUGGUGCUCAUACCUGGGCCAGGAAAUGGAGCCUAAUCUCCAGGAGAAGCUGACCGACUUCCUGCCCAAGCUGCUCGACUGCUCAACCGAGAUCAAAAGCUUUCAUGACCCUCCCAAACUACCUUCAUACUCCACGCUGGAGCUGUGCGAGCGUUACGGCCGGGUCAUGACUUCACUCACCCUGAGUCGAACACCUGCAGACGGCAGAUGAGCUGCGCAGACUUCAUCUCCCCUCAACUAACACAUGCCUUCCUUAAAGCAGGGCUUUCCCAAACCUACCAACCUUUCCUUUCUCUUUGCUGCUAGAGAUUUUACCUUAUCCUUAUCGGUAUUAUUAAUAUUAUUUUGAGGAUUCUGUUAUAUUUUAAAGCUAAUGCAACAGUAAGAAUGGUGUGAAACUGAGCAGAGAUGAAGCAGCAGCAUUAGACGGGUAGUUCACUCAAAAAUAAAAGAUUAGUCAUCAUUUGUUUACCUCAUGUUUUUCCAAACCCAUAUGAAAAGAUGUCUAGCAGAAUGUUCAAGCUGCUGGAACCAGGGACAGCUGUGGUUGGAAAGAAGAAAGUCAUGUGGGCUCUAAACUACUUGAGGAUAAAGAAACGAGGCUGAAUUUUCAUUUUCAAGUGAACUAUUCCUUCAAAGCAAAGAAUGGUAUCAUGUUGGUGCUUUAGACAAUGGCGCAUGCAGCUUUAGCUUUGUGAAACGAGGUUGAGGAUUCAUUUCAAUAUUUUGUUUUAUUUUCCCUCAUCGUCCCUUUUCACAUAAGAAGCGGGUCAACCUGCCGCGUCGCCCUCAGUUACAGUGUUACUGCAUUAUUUUGUUUUGUUUUUUCUAAGGACGGUGAGUCAAAAAGCUGGAGGCUCUCGGAUGGGUCUGCAGCCCUGACGACUGGGACUUUAACACAAGUUUUAAGUGCUGUGGUUGGCAGCCAUGGGACAUACUGUGGCUUGUUAUUACAUUGAGAGAAUAAAGUUUUAUUUAUGGCUCUUUUAGGCCAGAUACAUAUUUUUUUAAAUGUUCCUAAUCUUUAUUGAACUUCUCAUUGAAUGAAGCUGUGCUGUGCUACUUUGGGUAUCUCAAAGUGAACGGAGUAUGUUUUCCCCAUGGACUCGGAUAGAUUUGACUGCAUCUGAAUCCUUUUUAGACUCUUCCUGAGUUUAGUUUUCCAUAAGAAGUUUCGUAGAUACACAAAAAGCCAGGUAUUGAGUAAAAAGGCACAAACACUACUGCUUUCCCAAAGAAAACUGAUAAGAACACAGUAAUAUACUGAAUCUAUUUUUCACAGUCCAUCGCUGUGCAUUAAUAGUACAAUGUGCAGAGUGAACUUGCAUUGUUGCAGUGUUUCGAGAUAGCUUCAAGGGGGAUUUGAUGCCAAGCAUCAACUAGAACUGAAAGUUUAGCAUUCACACUGGUGGAAAAUUUAUGAAUGGAUGCACUCAGCAUUAUCAUUGUACAUACUUACACCCUUAUGUUUGUGUCAAAAAGUGUGAUUUUUUUGUUUUGUUUUGUUUUUCCUUUUCUUUUUUUGAUCAGAGCAGCUUGUUCAGCGCAUAUGAUUUUAAAGGCUAUUAAACAAAGCUGACACAAAUAAACAAACCAAACCCCA